GCAGAAGAAGCCGUCCUUCGCCACGUAACUUCCCUGACGCAGGUGCUUCAGAGAUGACCGGAGUUUUAAAAAUAAGAGCCUGCAGCUGACUGACAUUUCUCUUUCCUCUUUUAUUUAUAAUUUUAUUUUAUAACUAUUAUUAUAGUAGUAGUCGCCCCUAAAUCGCCGAGAGUAGGUGCAGUGUGUGUAUGGUUGUUUCAAGCUCUGCGAACGAGAGGGCUUCUGCAUGAUCGCAUUCUCACCCUCACCCUCCUCGCGGAUCGUCUCGUUUUCUCGCCCUCUCGCCUUCUCCCUCAAGAUGGCUCGCUCGGCGCUUGAUGAGCUGACAGAAUCCGGUGCUUUUAACCGCUCGCCAUCAACCUUCCGUAAUUUUAUCUCGAAAGAGAAAACGGCUCAAUUUCCUGCAGAAUCUGGGAGGUAUCAUCUUUAUAUAUCAUAUGCAUGUCCGUGGGCAUCCAGAUGCCUUUCAUAUCUGAAGCUCAAAGGGCUUGACAAGGCUAUCGGCUUCACGUCAGUUAAACCAAUUUGGGAGAGGACCAAGGAAAGCGAUGAGCAUUUCGGAUGGGUCUUUCCUGUGUCUAGCGCAGAAGAACCUGGCGCUGAUCCUGAUCCUCUCAACAGCGCCAAAAGCAUCAGAGCACUUUAUGAGCUAGCUAGUUCAAAUUAUUCUGGGAAAUAUACUGUUCCUGUUCUUUGGGACAAAAAACUGAAAACAAUUGUGAACAAUGAGAGCGCAGAGAUUAUUCGCAUGCUGAACACUGAAUUCAACGACAUAGCUGAGAAUGCUGGCUUGGAUCUCUAUCCUGCUGAUUUACAACAUUUGAUAGAUGAGGUUAAUGAAUGGGUAUAUGAUGCAAUAAACAAUGGUGUUUAUAAAUGUGGUUUUGCUAAGAAGCAAGGUCCUUAUGAUGAGGCCGUGGAAAAGCUAUAUCAGGCCUUGGACAGAUGCGAGGAAAUUCUGAGCAAGCAGCGGUACAUUUGUGGUAAUGCAUUGACAGAAGCAGAUAUUCGCCUGUUUGUCACUCUCAUAAGGUUUGAUGAGGUUUAUGCUGUUCACUUCAAGUGCAACAAAAGGCUCUUGCGCGAGUAUCCAAAUCUCUUCAACUACAUCAAGGACAUAUACCAGAUCCCAGGCAUGAGCGCCACGGUUAACAUGGAGCACAUAAAGAAACACUAUUAUGGGAGCCAUCCGUCUAUAAAUCCAUAUGGGAUCAUCCCAGCUGGUCCCAACAUAGAUUAUUCCUCUCCUCACGACAGAGAAAGGUUUACUCCUUGAGAGCAUUCUACACCGUGUAUAUGAAAGUUCCUCUACAGGUUAUGCCCAUAAUGUUAUGAUGUUUUCCGGGGAAACUACUGAAACUCUAUUGUUGUUUUGAAUGUACCAUUCUGAGCUUCUUUUACGGUUGUAAAGGGCACCUUAUUGCUUUUGUAUUGCUUUUGUAUUUCUGUUUGUGGCUCCCCUGGUACAUGUAUUAUGUGACUCUGAAUACGACUUUUACCAGUUCUCUCAACAGUGAAUAAAGAACUCAGGUUUUGACAAGCAAAAUUUUAAUGCGAA